UGGAAGAUAAAACAUUUGAGGUGUGACAGAAAAGCUGUGGGUCAUAGGAGGGUGGGAUGUCUGUUUGGCUGUGAGCAGGAGAGGGGGAUGCUGAGCUUGUUUCUGAACUGAACCUAUUGUAUGUUGGCCGGUUAUUAUUUUUACUGGAUUGUUGAUAUGCAUGUAGUGGGCUGAUAUAGGCGUUGAAUGGUCAAUAGACUAUUGGUUGGCCUGCUUUUUUGUUGUUUUGGCUGGUGUAUAUGAUGUUGGAUGGCUGAUGUGUAUGUUGGCUGGUAACAUGUGUGUUAACAUGGGUGUUUUGUGUUUGUGUGUGCGUGUUUGGGAGGGAUCAUUUUUACAACUUUGCUUUUCGAUUUUAUAAAAUAAAAAACAUAGUAUGAAAUGCGUGAAAUGUGUUCCCACUAAAAUUGAGUAAGUUUUAAAAUACUUUAUUAAUAAAUACUAUGGAUAUUAGAGGUUUUCUUACGUUAUGACAGAGGGAUACUUUCAUUAACACAUGGCCUAUUCCAUGUGUUGACUGAACCUAGCUGAGUGCUUAUUUAACUUUAUGACACUAUGGGUGUUACAGACUGAUGGUGGUGUGCAGUCUAUAAGAAGCAUUAAAGGUUUUCAAAUUGGUGAAUCGUUGGCGCUGCUCUAAUCUCUUCUUGUUUUUAACGUGAUGAACUGCCUACGCUGUUGUGCUUUGCUUCAUGAGAGGAUCCUUCAUACAUACAAGCUGCCAGGAGCUAAACGCAGAGUUCCAGACAGAUGUGUCACAUUCUCUCCCCAAGAUCCAAGAUAUCCCAUUGGUCUUUUCUCAAACCAAAGCUAAAUGUGCUCCAGUUCCAGAAGCCAACAGUGCUGAGACAAAACCAGCAACCUUUGCAAUUAAAAUCAGUGUAGAACAUAAUAAAAGAACAGGCAAAAAUGUAGUCAUUUCUACAACAACUAUAAGCCCAGAGAGCAUUCAAGAGAAGGGGUUAAAGGUAUACGAUGAUGGACGCAAGUCUGUGUAUGCACUGCAGCCAGAAGAAGAUGAAAUCCCUAAUGACGUGGUUGGAGAGUUGUCUAGCCCUGAACUGGAAGAGCUUCUGCAUCAGACCACAGAUGAAACAGUGCCUGCUGAAGUGCAUUAUCAUCAUCCAGUGUACUCUGUACCAUACACAGAGUACAGCAGAACAUCAACACCAAGGGCACCAAUUCAAGUACAUCUCAAAGAAAAAAUGCAGCUCCUUCAAGACCAACAAGAUCAGAAAUCCCUACCAAAACUUAAUCAAGAUUGCACUUCAAGAGCCUUUGACCCUGAUGAAGAAGCAAAUCUGCACUGUUUCAGUACUGUAGGACAAUACAAAAAGAAUAUGGAUUUAACUGGAAGGUCAAACUUUGGUGCCAAAACUACACAAGAAUUCACCAAUAGCAAAGCAGACACCAGCAGUGCAGAGCCUGGUGGUCCUGUGCCAUUUACAGUGAGAUCCGAAGGAAUGCCUGUAUCCAUGCCAAACAUUCACUGGGGUUUACAUCGACUGCUGCCUUCAUUAGUCAGUAACACAACUGAAGCUGAUGAGACACUGAUUGACUUUCAAUUACACCAAGCAACAGAAAGUACUGCCUCUGUGAACCUCAUCAACAACUUGCCAAAGGAGCAAGAGGAAGAACCUGUGACGAUGGUUUUCAUUGGCUAUGAAAAUGCUUUAGAUAAAGAGGAGGAUGACAUUCAAGCUGAGCUAGUAAUCAUAGACGACAGUGAUGGUGAAGAUGAUCAUGAUCAACCUAACACAUGUCUAGAUAAUUUGAACUACAGAGAAGAAUGUUUGUCAUUCCACCCAAAAGGAUGCAGGAGUAAAGUCUUCCAACCCAAAGUGGGGAUAGCCAAGGUAGGUGGAGGAGGAGAUGGAGCUCAAGGCACCAGUUCAAACUGGAGGGAUUUGGAGCUUCCCAAGCCAACGUUCAUCCACAAGCCUGGAAAACACACCUGCUAUACACAGGGCCAGAGCUUGGAUGAGCCUGCAAACAGAGGCUGCAUCAGUGUGGAGAAGUUCUGUUCAAUAAGAAGAUGAGACAGAGCGAUAUGUGCUCAAAAAAGAUCAUAAAAUUAUCUUUCAUUUUUCUUCUUUAAGUAGAUCUGGUUCAUUUGGGUGCAAAUUGUGUUAUUGCCACCUCCUACAAAAGUACUUUCAUUACAUGAUCUUAAAAUAUUAAGGAUUGAGUGUUUAUUUAGAUGUUUCUAAACUGGUCUAACUGUUUAGUUAGAGUCCAUUACUAAUUAAUCCUAAUCUAUUUAACUCUAUGAUCAGGUUCUGCUAUGAGUCUGUUUUAUGAUUCUGGUCACUGGCUUCGAUGUUGCAAACAGGCAUUUUAGAGAACAGUAGUUUUUCAUGUUUCAAUAGAAAAUGUCGGUUAGAUAAUGCAAAACAACAAACUCAUGUGUCAUGAUGUCAAAAACAGUUUUAGUAAGGAUGUUGUCUUGUAGUGUAAGAAUCAUUUUUAACCUUAAUAAAGUUGUUUUUAUGCAGGAUGGAAACA